GUGCGAACACAUCGAGUCGAAUCGAAUCGCGCCGCGACGAAAGCAACGGCAAAAAGAUUCUCUUAUUUCAUCCGGAGAUUUGUGCAACCGAACGGAACGUUCCGAACGUGAAAUCAACGCUAAUUGGUGCAUCUUGGCAGGGUACUUCCGGUGCAUCAGAAGGUUUAAGGAUUGGGAGCAUUUUCGGUGCAGAAAAAGUGCUUUUUCGUUUGCGCUGUGACGCCGUGUUUUGUGCAAGCGCUGAACAUAAUUUUUGUUCAGUAUCAAAGCGGAAGGUGAGGAGUGUGUGCGGUACGGAACGGCGCAGCGGGACAAUAUCCGAAGGUACCGAGAGCCAGAGAGGAGCAGAUAGAAAGAAAAAAGCACAAGGAAAUUUUCAAUACACAAUACACCACUAUCGACCAAGGGAGGAAGAGAGAGAUAGAGGAAACGUACCGAAAGAAAGAAAGAGGCUCGCUAAAAAGUGGUGUACAGGGAAAAAAGACGAAUCGAAUAUCGAAGACAACAACUUGAUGACGAUAACAUUGUUAUUGGGAUUUGUGUGGUGACCUGCUGCCAGUUUGUGUAUCCGCCCGAGUUCUGGUUACGACAGAAAAAAAGUUACGCGAAGUAUGUGGUGUUAAAAAUAAGCUUCCUGAUCCCGUGGUUCAAUAGAGGAGCUCAAGCACACACAAGUGGGGCGAAUAAGAAAAUUGCAUCGUCGUCGUCGUGGUCGUGGUCGUCGUAACUAGCUAGAGAAAAAAAGGCUGGGUAGUGUGAUCACCACGAGAGAAGGGAGUGCGAAAAACAACAGUGCUUUUCUUCCUAGUGGAUCGUUUGUGUAUCGGAACGAGAGAAACUACCGGGAGAUUACAUCCGUGGACACUUGGAACAGAUUACGAUUCCCGGUAGCGAAGGAGACGGAAAUUCCAAUUUUCGGAAAGGUGUGACAUUUGUGCAGCGUGACCCACGGUCGCCGGAUUCAAUGGUAAUUUUGCUGUGAGGACAGAGCAAAGUUUUGAACAACACAGCUACGAGAUGGGUGCGUUUCUGGAGAAACCGAUGACGGCGAAACACAACGAGCAUGGCGAAGGAAAUGGGCUCCGGUACGGUGUAGGAUCCAUGCAAGGAUGGCGCUGCGAAAUGGAAGAUGCACAUCAUGCCAAAACUGGGCUAGGAGAAGGCCUGGACGAUUGGAACUAUUUUGCAGUGUUUGAUGGACACGCCGGACACAAGGUGGCCGAUCAUUGUGCGAAGAAUCUGCUGCAGUCGAUUGUCCGGACACAGGAAUUUAGCAAUAACGAUAUCACGAAGGGUAUUCACGCUGGAUUUCUCAAGUUGGAUGAGGCCAUGCGAGACAUUCCGGAGCUGGCAUCCGGAGCGGACAAGUCUGGCACCACGGCUGUGUGUGCAUUCAUUUCCUCCCAGAACGUGUACAUAGCAAAUUGUGGCGAUUCUCGGGCGGUAAUUUCCCGCAAUUGUGCACCGAUAUUCUUCACCCAAGAUCACAAACCGAUCCUUCCGGGUGAGAAGCAGCGAAUCCAGAAUGCCGGUGGAUCCGUCAUGAUCCAGAGGGUAAACGGUAGCCUCGCAGUAUCCCGAGCGUUGGGUGACUACGAUUUCAAGAACGCCAAGAAUUUGGGCCCGUGCGAACAGUUGGUUUCUCCGGAACCGGAAAUCUUCUGCCAAGACCGGGACCCUGCGGACGAGUUCCUGGUGCUGGCCUGCGACGGAGUGUGGGAUGUGAUGAGCAAUGCCAACCUGUGCCAGUUUGUGCACAGCCGGAUGCAGAUAUCGGAUAGCCUGGAAGACAUUGCCAACCAGGUCAUCGAUACGUGUCUGCACAAAGGAAGUCGCGACAAUAUGAGCAUAAUCAUCAUUGCAUUCCCCGGUGCUCCCGUGCCCAACGAAGAUGCUAUCAAAAAGGAGGAAAAAUUGGAAGCGGCGCUGCACAGGAAGAUCGACGAAAUUAUCACCGAAAUGGGGCCGAACGUGGAGUACGGUCUUCUGCUGAAGCGACUGAGUGAGGAGCACAUUCCGGAUCUGCCACCGGGCGGCGGGCUCGACGCCAAGAGUUCAUUCGUGUCGAAAGUAUUCAAGGAGCUGUGUCCGAAACUGGCAGAAACCUGCGAGAUUGAGACAGUAAAUCAUCCAUCUUCCGAUGCGGUAUCACUUCUUCCAGAGCUGUUCGAAGAAGAGACGGAAUAAACCUUUUUUUCAUGCUUCAAAUGGAGUUUACAACUAUUUUAACCAUAACAUGCUGAACUGGGAUUUUCGAGAAGUAUUAUUUCCCAAAAUUGUUGGCAUUUGUACAGCAAUUGAAUUUUCAUUAUUGAACCGUUCCUUUUCACAUCAUCCAGAAAGUACAGAAACCAAUGGAGCCGCCAAUAAAUCACCACCGAACUACAUCUUCAUAAAUGUCUGUAUACACCUACAACACUUGCAUAACAACAACAACAACAACAAAAAUAUGCCAACAAAUUGUAAUCGCGCUUAACAAUUAAUACAAAACAUCAAUAAGAAUAAUAAUCGGAAAAACGUUAGCUUGUUCACUUAAAAAAAAAAUGACAAACGCUAAUUACACAAAAACAAAAUUGAUCGGUCGAACAUAAGAUAAAAACUAUCAGCCAGUAGUUCUUUGAAUACAUUAAACUACAUUAUCGAGAAGCAACCGCUAAAACAAACCAACAUUGGAAAAUCAUAGCAAAAUAAACAUACCAUACCUACGAUGUAAACAAUUUUGUAGCGAAGGUUUGAAAAUACUACUGAAAAUAGAUGGAUUCGAUCGAUACUUACAGAGAAAAAAAAAGAGUAUGGGUAUAUAAAAAUAAGAUUAAAUAGACACAUAAAGGUAUGAACAGAAACAUUCUCAUGUGGAAAGUGAAAUGAUAAACUAUAUAGUAGUAGUAACAAGCGAAAUGUGGUGUAAUGUCUAUACUCGGAAAACCUAACGGAUCGAGAAUGGGGGAGAUUUGAUUGCUGAUCACUACCCAAGCUACCUAUCCAACAUUCACAACCACACAAACACACACACACACACACACAUAAACAGUUCAUGGAUUUAAGUUAGUAAUCUUGGAAAACAACUAAAAGUUCACAAUUAAUGCAAAACUCAGGUGCUUCACCUGAACGUUCCACCAAACUUAUUUUCCCGGUUCUUCUCCGAAAGGUAGAUGCUAAACAUAAAACGAAAUGCUUAGGUUUAGACUCUUUUUUUUCAAAUAAUUUUUGAAGCCUUUUGUUGUUAGAUUUAGUUGAAAGUAAAGUUGAUACAGUUAGUUUAUAUCUCGAUUUUCCUACUUAACAAACCUACACGGAGGAACGGAAUAAAAAAAACAUAAUACAAAAAGGAAAUUAUGAUGAUGAUGAUAAUGUAGCUAAAUGAGAUUUGAAUGCCUGAUGCUUGAGAAACCAUUGAAUCGUCUACAAACACUCCAUACAUAUAGACUAAUUUGGUUUACGAAAACGGUAUAAACACCUAUACAAACACGCUGUCAUAGGAUUCAUCGAACACUGUUUGAUUUGAGCGACAGAAGCGCCGGAGAAAGAUCAUAGGCAUUCAAAGCCGCAGUGCGAGAAUAAUGAUUGGAAUGGCGAUAGAAAAUACCGCAAAAAUAAAAUGAUGAAGAAAGAUUAUUGAACAAAACCAUUUCCAAUAUCAUGAGAAAAAAAAAGUAAAGCAAAACAAUAUGUAAGAAUCUGGUAUUUAUUAUUGAAGAAGCAAACUUGUAAAUGGACAAACAGAACAAAAAAUAGAGUUGGUGUUUUAUUAUUA